UUGUUAUAGCGAUCAUUGAUUUGGACAUCUACAAAUGCGGCAACUGUUUAUUGGAAUUUAGUUCAUUCUGGAGACUGAAAACUCAUUGCGAACGAGUUCAUUGCUCUAAACAUGUGGCACUAACGUGCGGACUAUGUCCCUCAACGUUUACAGCCACAACGUCUCUUCAUAGACAUAUGCUCAGAAUACAUCAGGUUGGCCGAGCUUUCUCUCAGGUUCCCGUUGUUAACAUUGUUUUAUGACAUAUUUAAGGUCAAAAAUUCCAAAGAUUUGCCAACAAGUUCCAAUCCAAAUGCUAGUUUACCAAAUAAUGACAAUAUGAUGGAUACUAAUCAGGAUGAUCGUGACUUUGCGAAUUUUCCAGGGAGCGAUUGUGAGAAAGAGGAGGAGGAGAAGGAGGAGCGAGACUAUGAAGAUGAGGACAUUAUAAAAAAUGAUUUGUUUAUUAAAUUGACACAGCAAAUAGAAAAAAAUCCCGAAGACCAACUGAAUCUAUCUUUGACAAAAUGGUUAAUUGAUUUGAAAAAUAGUCAUGCUUCCGAAGCCGAAGUUAAUCUGAUAGU